UUUUUUAUUGGCUACUACAGAAAAGAAAGCUCAUUAAACUCAAAGAGAAGUGGUUCCAACAAAAUGGUGGCCUAAUGUUACAGCAAAGACUUCCAAAUCAAACAAGAUCCAUGGAGACAACAAAAGUCUUUAGCACUGACAAACUUGAGAAGGCAACUGACAAUUACAACAAGAGUAGAGUCAUUGGGCAAGGAGGCUAUGGUGUUGUUUAUAAAGGAAUAUUGUUGGAUAAUAGAGUGGUUGUGAUUAAAAAGUCCAAAAUUGGGGAUCAAAGCCAGAUUGAACAAUUCAUAAAUGAGGUGAUUGUACUUACACAAAUCAACCAUAGAAAUGUGGUUAAACUAUUAGGUUGUUGUUUGGAAAUAGAAGUGCCCUUGCUAGUCUAUGAAUUUAUCACAAAUGGGACACUUUCUGAUCAUCUUCAUGAUAAAAGUCAGUGUUCCUUACUCUCAUGGGACAAACAUCUUAGAAUAGCAUCAGAAACUGCCGGUGCCCUCGCUUACUUACAUUAUGAAGCUUCUAUGCCAAUUAUACAUAGAGAUGUGAAAACUGCAAAUAUACUUUUGGAUGAUAAUCACAUAGCAAAAGUAUCAGACUUUGGAGCUUCAAGACUCGUUCCUCUGGAUCAAACACAAUUAACUACUUUGGUGCAAGGAACAUUGGGAUACUUGGAACCAGAAUACUUUCAUACUAGCCAUCUAACUGAAAGAAGUGAUGUCUACAGUUUUGGUGUUGUAUUAGCAGAGUUAUUGACUGGUAAGAAAGUGAUUUCUUUGGAUAGGCCUGAAAGUGAGAGAAAUUUAGCAACAUACUUUGUUUCUACAGUGAAAGAGGAUCGCUUAGUAGAAGUUCUUGAUGACAACAUUCACAAUGGAAGUAAUAUCGAGGAACUAAAGAAAGUUGCUAAUGUUGCAAAAAGAUGCCUAAGCGUUAAAGGAGAUGAUAGGCCUACUAUGAAGAAGCUGGCGGUGGAGCUAGAUGGACUGAGAGUUCAGGGAAAACAAGUAGGGAAAGAAGCUAAUCUCAACACAGAAAAGAGUGAGUAUCUACUUAGCGCAUCAACACACUCUUUAAGCAUUGAUGUUGGCGUUGGCUAUUCUUCCACAAGUAGCACCAUUGAUAGUAUGGGAAAUCAAGCACUAAAAUCAACAGAUGAUGGCAGGUAAUCCAUUAGUCCUUAAGCCACAACCAUCCAGCAUCUUCCUCCAAGUCAACAGAUGAUGGCCGAUUUCGGUCUCUUUGCAUGCAGUGUUCAAGUUUUCUCAAUAUAUAUAGAUCUUUUUGUACGUUAAAAGUUUUCUCUCAUGGUCUUCUUUGUAUUAUUAGGAGCUUUUGUAUGUACGAGUGAGCAAGCACAGUAUUGUUCAA